UGACCACCAAACCAAACCGCAUUUUUAGGUUAGAAUUGAAUUGAAGUAGGUAGGUACAUAGAUCUUUAGAGUAGGAUCUUUAAAUUAUAAAAUUAUAAAAAAUAAACCGCAUUAUUUUUAUGAGUAAUAUUUCGUCAAUCUUCAGACAAUCUGUCAAAAUGUCGGCAAGAAAGCUUACCUUUGUUACUGGAAACUCUAAGAAAUUAGAAGAGCUUAGGGCUAUUUUAGGAACCAGUUUUCCCUUGGAGAUUAUCAGUCACAAACUUGAUCUACCAGAGCUGCAAGGAGAAAUUGAAGAAGUAUCCAUAAAGAAAUGUGAAGAGGCUGCACGACGUCUAAAGGGGCCAGUAUUAGUGGAAGAUACAUCUCUCUGUUUUAAUGCUUUAAAGGGUCUCCCUGGACCGUACAUAAAGUGGUUUUUGGAGAAACUUGAGCCUGAGGGGCUGACAAGGUUGUUAGCUGGAUGGGAGGAUAAAUCUGCCGAGGCCGUAUCUACCUUCGCUUAUUGUGAUGGAAGUAGUAAUUGUGAAGAUCUAGAUGUUUUUAUAUUUCAAGGUAGAACUGUAGGAGAAAUAGUUAAGCCUAGAGGCAGAAGGGACUUUGGCUGGGAUUGUGUUUUCCAGCCACAGGGCUAUGAUAAAACUUAUGGAGAGUUACCAAAAGAAGAAAAGAAUAAAAUAUCUCAUAGAUAUAAGGCUUUAGAUAAAGUUAGAGCACAUUUUAUAGAAAAAUCUUAAUGUAUUUUUAAAUAAUUAAAUAAGUAGUUAACAGUA